AUGGGUCAUAGAGGAAAGCUUGGCGGAGCCUUGGUGCUAACUGUAUUGUUGCUCGGCUGUUUGGCCGUCUCAUACUCAUUCUCAUGGUACAGAGAGGACUUGAGAUCAAGUUUCAACAUCAUUCUUCAAGCCAACACCACAACAACCAUCGACUAUUUCUGGACAAAGACCAGAACUACCGUUGACACUGUCACUAGUCUAGGCGGAGCGACAUCAUCUCACACACAACAAAGUGAGAACGACUACACUGAUGAACAGAAGGAUGUUAAGCAGGUAUUCACUAUUUCUCUGUCUUUUUUGACUGCUUCAGCUGCCGCUGCUCUGGCAUUGGCUGUCUUCCAGAUCAUCGGAAUCAUCUCGAGAAGCAGAUUCUUUAGAAUCCUCUCUGGCAUUGCUGGACUUGCCUCGUUUGCCCUGUUGGCCGUCGCUUUCUUCCAGUUCUUUGGCAUCACCAAGGCUCUCGACAAGGACAACCAGUGUGGCGGCUACAUCGGUCUGGACAACUCACCUUGCGAGUCAUUCUUUGGUUCAACCGAGGGUGUCCUCGGCUUGAAAUUCAGAUGGUUCCCAUUCAUUGGCUGGUGGGUUGGUGUCGGUGGACUGGCAUUCUCCCUUCUCUCAGCCGUUGCCUCAUUCUUGGCUUAA